UUCAACACAAAAACACAAAUUCCUUCUUCAAUGGCAAUUCAAAUCCAUUUGUUUACACUUUCAUUCAUCCUCUUCUCCUUCUCAGAAGUUUACACAGUAGAAUUCGCGGUUCAAAACAAUUGCAAGUUUCCAAUUUGGCCGGGAGCCUUAACCGGUGCUGGCAGCCAAUUGUCGACCACCGGCUUCGAAAUACUCCCCGGAUCGACACUGACGGUGACCACUUCUCCGCCGUGGUCGGGUAGGUUUUGGGCUCGAACUCAUUGCUCCACAGAUGCAACUGGGAAAUUCUCUUGCGGAACCGGCGACUGUGGCAGUGGCCAAGUCACCUGCGACGGCGCCGGCGCAAUUCCGCCGGCAAGCCUGCUUGAAUUCACCAUAGCACCAAACGGAGGCCGAGAUUUCUUCGAUAUCAGCCUCGUCGAUGGCUUCAACUUACCGGUUUCGGUGACGCCAAUAGGCGGAUCGAGUGAAUGCAAAUCGGUAAUUUGUGCGGGAAAUGUGAAUGGGGUUUGUCCGCCGGAGUUAGCCGUUAAAGGGCAGGGUGGCGGUGUGAUUGCUUGUAAAAGUGCUUGUUUGGGUUUGAAUCGGCCGGAAUAUUGCUGCAGCGGCGGCUACGAUCAGCCGCAAACCUGUCCGCCGACGAAUUAUUCAAAGAUAUUCAAAAAUGAGUGCCCUGAUGCUUAUAGCUACGCCUACGAUGAUAAAACUAGCACGUUCACCUGCACGGGCGGAGCCAAUUAUGGCAUCACUUUCUGUCCUUGAUGGGUCCCACCAAGAAAUGUAAUUUACUUACUUUUUUUUUUAAUAAUUUAAAUGAUGAAAUAAAAUUAUUAAAAUUACACUAUAAUAAUACCUAAUUAUACUCCAAAUAUUGGUUUGUGAUAUCCUACAUUGGUUGGGGAGGAGAAUGAGGAAACCUUUCACUAGCAUAUGUUUUUUAAAGUUUUGAGGGAAAGUUGAAAGGGAAAGCCGAAAGAGAAUAAUAUCUACUGGCUGUAGGUUUUGGACCGUUACAAACAGUAUCAAAGCCAGACAUCGGGCGAUGUGCCAACGAGGAGGCUAUUCCCCGAAGGGAGUAGACACGAGGCGGUGUACCGGUAAGGACGCUAGGUUCCGAAGGGGGAUGGAUUUAGUGGCGGUCCCAUAUUGCGAUUGGAGAAAGGAACGAAUGUCAGCGAGGAAACUGGGCCCUAAAGAGGGUGAAUUGUGAUAUCUUACAUUGGUUGGAGAGAAAACAAAACACACAUAUAGGGUGUGAAAAUGUUUCCUUAGUUGAGAAAACAAUAUCUACUAUCAGUAGACUUGAGAAGUUACAAUUAGUCUGACUUACCUUCUCUAUGGCCACCUUAACCUCUAACCUCCUCACCUGAACCCCAAACUUCUCCUCUCCACCUUCAUUCA